AUUAGUAGCGAUGGACACUAGAUAGUCAGAACACUCUAGAGGCAAGUCUUAGACUCAAAUCAAAUUGCGUAACCCAUUCGAACUACUUAUAAGUAAUGUUACUUGCAAUAUAUAGAAAUAAUCAGAUUGCCAAAUGUUUGCAAUAAAUGUGGGCAUAUUACUAGAAUGAAAGAAAUAUCAGAUAUUCUCGAAUAAUUUGACACCAUGACAUCAUAAUAAAUUGAUACUAUUAAUGAAAAACUAAUUCAAAAAUCGAACUAAAUUUUAGCAGCUCGACAACAAUUAGUUAAGGAUGCAAAAAAUGAGCUGCAAUAAUCAUUGCAAUAACUUAUUUAAGUGAGGUAGAGUAUGGGUUCAUCCUUUAAUUUUGAAGACCGAGAAAAGUGUUUAGAGCGAGUUUGUGAGGUAACGAUUAAUAUAAUCAGUUAGGAUAUCUUCUGCAAUGUUCAAGAAUAGAUUGAGAUAUAAAAUUCAUUGUCUGAACUCAAUGCAAUAAUCCAAGAAUAAUAUCAAAAAUUUCAUCAAUUUCCAAAUGAGAUCACUGAGAUGAACAAAUUAGAAUAUCACGACAACCUUGAAAUCAGGGAGAGAUUGGAUGGAGCCUUAAGAAUCAACUAGAGCCAUAAGGAUAUCUUGAAGGAGAUCUUGAUUAAAAUAGGAGAGGAAAAUAAGAGCUACACCUUCGAUAUCUAAUUACAAUUUAGAUAGUAACAAUUGGAAAUGCUAAAUCUGCUAUAAUGCAAUCAAGAGUAAAUUAAGGAGAUAGAAAGAUUAGAGGAUGAAUUGAAUGACAAGAAAUUGGAAUUAUAAAAAUACGCAAUAUUAUUUAGUUAAUUUGAAAAGUAAAGAUUAAAUACAUAUGUUAGUCCUUUUAAAUCAAAUAAGAUUAGCUCUGAAGAAAGUAGUGCUAGCAAUUUCUAAUCGAUUUAGAAGGAAAUUGUUCAACCACCGUCAUCAAUUCAAUAAAGUCGAAAUGUAUUUUAAGACAUUAAGAACAUUUAAUCGAAAAGGUUUUCCUAGCCUUCUGUAAAUGAAAAUAAUAAUAUGUGCACUUUUCAAUCAGAAUAAUUCUAUUCUAUAGAUCAAUCUCAUGGGAACUUGCAUCAAGAAUCAUCAUAAAAGUCUUCAUAAAAUACUAGUAAAUAAAUUGAGAAUUCAGUUGUAAUUAAUUAGAGAUAUGGAAACAGUAUAUCUAAUAAAUUUAACAAUUCCAAAGCAACCAGCUUGAUUUCACAAAUUAACUCUUAAUAAAAUAGUAUUCCUAUUUAAAUAAUCCCUAAUUCAACCAAAAAAAUUAGAAAUUCAGUUGACACUAAUCCCAUGAUGUCCCAAGAAAGUUUUGAACACUAAUAACAUGAAAAUGAUGAAAAUUCCCCUAAAAUCACUCCUACAAGCAAAACAUUACUCUCCAAAGUUCCACCCCUUCCUAUAGGCAGAUAGUUAGAGCUUGAUUGA